CGACCUGAGGUACCCCCAGCGCAGUGCGCAGUUCCGUUCAGUUCUCGGACGCCACGCCAGCGCGAUGGAGCUCAGGUUAAUAACAGUCUGGGCCCUACUGCUGUUACAAAUUUAUGGAGUCACGUGUACUGCAGAUGAAGUUACUCCAGACGCCGGCCUGAGGGUAAGCAACUACACCGCACACACGGUGACGGUGGCCUGGGCCCGCCCCGGCGCCGUGCAGCUGUGCUGGCAGCGCCUGCCUCCGGGGGACUCGGCCCCCGUGUGCGAGCGCCCAGCCCCGGGAGCCACCAGCCACGAGCUGCGACUGGGCGAUGCCUGCCUCGACUACAACAUCACCCUCGCCGCGGCUGGCGGACCCACUCUGUCCCUCGAGUUCUCCGCAGCGCGCGGCGGUAAAGGUCCCGGCAUGCCGCGCGCCCUCGAGGGCCGCUGGUCGUCUGGCGGCGUGGCGGCGGUCCAGUGGGCCCCGGGCAGCCUCUGCGUGGCGCUAUACUCGCUGCGGCUCUCCGGCGGCGAGGUGGUGGUCGAGGACCGGGUGCUCGGCUCAAUGAGAAGCUACGAGAAGUCUGGGCUGCCGGCCUGCGCUGGGCUCAACGUGUCCGUGAGGGCGCUCGACGCCACUGGCCGCGCCUCGCUCCCUGCCAGCAUAGCCCUGCUGCCGCUGGAAACAGCGCCCGGGGCGGUGAGCGACCUGGCGGUGGUGGGGUCGCGGACCCGCCGUGUGGACCUCGCCUGGACACGGCCGCAGAGACCUGACUGCCUGCGCGGGUACUCGGUGUGCUGGCGGCCGAGCGAGCACCACAACGAGAAUUGCACAAAACUUGCCGAAACGCAUCGCAGUCACUUGUGGCACCGCAUCGAGCCCCUGCAAGCUAGCGCCGAGUACAUGGUGCACGUGGCCUCGUUGGGCGCCGGUGACCUGCAAGCCAUCAGCCCCCCACUGGAGCUCCACACAGGUCCUGAGCCGGUAGCGAACUUGACUGUGAACGACCUUGGCACCCACGAGGCCAGCGUGAGUUGGAAGGCCCCUGCACGCGCCAAGCUGUACUCGGUGUGCUGGGGCCCGUGGUCCGGCCGGGGGCGCCACUACUGCCUCAACACCUCUGAGACAGCCGCCACCUUGACGGACCUGCGCGGAGUCGGUGGUGGCGAGAACUACACGGUGUUGGUGUGGGCGGUCGGUCCUGGCGGCGGUGCCUCCGACACGACAGUCCUCACCCUGCGGAAGCCCAGGCCCUUGGAGAGCUUGGCGCUCGCCGGUGACACGCACGACUCCAUGAGCGCGAGCUGGAGCCGCCCCCUGGCUGGCCUGGAGGCCGUGGAGGUGUGCUGGGCUCGGCUGGGCAGCAACAGCAGCGGCGAGGAGUGUGCCAGGGUGUCCCCCCGCGCGGCACCACACAACAUCACCGGUCUCUGGCCGUGCCACUGGUACAACGUGACAGCGCGCGGCGUGCUGUCAGACGGGACCAGGUCCGAGCCAGUCAGCGCCCAGCACUACACCGCUCCCGACGGUUACAUGCCCGACGGAGGGCUGGAGGACCUGGACUCGGGCUUCGAGGGGUCCCAGAUGGCAGUGCGAUGGCAGCUCCAGGAAGGCUGCACCGCGUAUGUGGAGGUGUGCUGGGGGGUGGUCGACGACCUAGAGCACGGCGUCAACUGCUCCACUGUGCCCGGCCACCGGUCCAAGACGUCACUCGACGGUCUCAAGCUUUGUUCCAACUACUCCAUCAUCGGCACCGCCCUGUCGCCCAACGGCACCCGCAUCAACUCAAUCACCGCCUACAAGUCCUCAGGUAGCGGCGCACCCCGCGACGUGACAGCAGUCAUAGAGAGCCCGGGCACUCUCCGAGUCACGUGGCGGCCGCCCGCGCCCGAGGAGGACUGUGUCCUCAAGUACCAGCUGGAGAAUACGGAGCUGCCCGCCAAUGCCACGGAGCAUGUGCUGACGGACCAGCCUCUCUGCGUGUACAGCCUCUACCCGCUGCUGACCUACGCCCCCGAUGUCACGGAACCGCGGUUCACACCCGUGUACGCGCAGUCCGGCAUCAGCGCUCCAGGGCCAGUGAGAAGUGUCACCGUCUUAGUUGCCCGAUCUCACUAUAUCCACAUCGGCUGGGAGAACCCGAAAAAGCGCGAACAGUGCCUGAAGAAAUACUCUGUAAGCUGGCGGGAUGCCAACUCGACCAUUCAGCAGAGUGACUCAGUAGGGAUGAUGUUGUACCCGAGGUACACAAUCUCAGGGCUGGAGUCGUGUACCGAGUACACCAUUGAGGUGACGUCAGUCGGCGGCAAUGCCACAUCAAAUGCCACCAGCAUAACUGCACUCACUGGUCCCGAGGCGGUGGGUGGCAUGAAGGCACGGCAGCUGGACCCGGAAACUGUCGACGUGACGUGGAGCGGGACCCCCUGCACCUCGCUGUACUCUGUGUGCUGGGGGGCCUGGGAAGGCAACGGCUCGCACAGCUGCGUGAAUGUCAGCGCGAGCGGGGCCCAAGUGUUCGGCCUGGUGAAUCUACGCCGAGGCGGGAGGUACACCGUCAUCGUGAAUGCCAUCGGCCAGACGGGCAGUGUCUCCGAUGCGACUAUCUUGAUCCUCGAAAAUAGCUGCCCCGUGAGCAACCUAACUGUGGCCAGCCACAACCGGGACUCGCUUUCACUGCGUUGGGACGACCUGAAGACCAGCUGCCAAAGGCGUGUCCACCGCUACGAGAUCUGUUGGCUCGACGUGUCCGAAGGCGCGAAGGAAUGCACCCAUGCCGCCCCAGGUUCCAGUGGAUACGACCUGCUGCACUUGGAACCCUGCAAGUGGUACAACAUCACGGUCACUAUCGAUUAUAUUGAUGGUGUGACAUCGGAGACAUCGAGCAUCUUGAAGUUUACUGGCAUCGAGUCCAAGGAAGAUCCCGACCCACCAACGUAUUUAGUGGCCUACGGAAACAAAGGAGUGGUGGUGCUGAGGUAUGAGGUCACCAACCAGACGGACAACUGUGUGGAGUACACGUCUGUGUGCUGGAUUGUGUCGACAAGUCCCACAUCGGAGCAGUGCAAGAUGGUCCCCAGUUACGAGAAUCAGCUCAUCAUCCAGAACGCACAGCCCUGUGCUUCGUAUUCCUUGAGCGCUUCGACGCAGACCGCAGAUGGUCGUCACUCUCCUGAAGAGAAGACCAACGUCACAAUGGGUCCUGUACCGCCCAGGAACGUCGUGGCACGAGCUCCCUCCCCGGGGACGCUGCUCAUCACAUGGGACCCACCGCUGCCAGGAAACGACUGUGUCGACCACUACGUCCUCGAGUCAGGCAUGUGGUGGAGUCAGUCUCUCUCCGACAACAUAUCGGCCGAUGCCACCGAGUACUUGGUCUCAGACCAGCCACUCUGCGAGUACAUCUUCUACCAGCUGUAUGCCGUCUCGGAGGUCGGAGAGGCCUCCGUGCACAGCCAGGUGUAUGCCUCGGCCGGGAUGGGAGCUCCAGGAGAGAUAAAUAACCUGACUGCUGUACAUGUGGCAUCCCACUCCAUACAUCUAGGAUGGUCCACCCCCGAGAGGUAUUACGAUUGUUUGAAGAAAUAUUCUGUCUGCUGGACUGAAAAAUCCCAAGUAAAUAAAACAUGCAGUGAACAGAAGGUGGUACCAUAUCCUCAUUACAGCAUUACAGGGCUUAAGUCCUGUACAGAAUACCACAUAAAUGUAUCUUCGCAAGGAGAAGAAAUACGGGGCAAUGUUUCCCAGUUACUUGUAAGCACAGGACCCGAACCAGUCAGAAACGUGACAGUUAAGGCCACUACUGAACUGGUGGCUGUGGAGUGGAUUCCUUCGCCAUGUGCAUCCACUUACUCGGUAUGCUGGGGCGAAUGGUCGGACAUGGGCAAUCAUAGCUGCCUGACAACCUCUGACAACUCUACCACCAUCACUGCCUUGGAGAUCCUGCACCCGCAUGACAAGUACACGGUCAUAGUACGUGCUGUCAGUGAUGUUGGGAGCACUUCUUCACCGUACAUAUUAGAACUCGUCAAGAGUUCCCUGGAGCUGACCUUGAAAGAGGUGAACGCCACGGAAGUGGUGGUGGCGUGGAACUACUCGCUCGCCGGGUCGCACCCGCUGCACUACGUCGAGGUCUGCACGAAGCUGGUGGGCGCCGGGGACCGGACGUGCGUGCGGCAGAACGCCUCGCUCGUGGGAGACGACGGCGGAGACGACGGGGAGGUGACCCUGUCUGGUCUGCAGCCUUGCAGCGCCUACGAGGUCCACGCCACGGCCAUGAGCUCCGAUGGCACGGAGCUGGACACAGCAAUCCUCGAUCUCUUCACGGGCCAGGCGGGCGAACAAGAAAAUGAUACGGAUAACAAGAUCACUGGCUUCGUGGUCACGGAAAUCACGUCGAGCACUGUGAAACUGGAAUGGGACGGGCUUGCGCGCAAGAGGUGCAUCCGGGGAUACAUGUUGGAGUUUGUGAACAAUGGAGAAUUAGUCACCGAAGAACUCAGCAACGACACCAACUCGUAUGUCCUUGAAGACGUUCCACCAUGCAUCCUGCUGGAAUUCAUGAUCUUCGCCGUUCUGCCCAACUUACAAUUCACCACGACGUCGAAGUUGAAAACCGACUCGGGGACUGCAGCACCCGGAGAAGUAGAAAAUGUAAAAGUAUACCACACGACUUCCACGUCCAUCCACCUGCAGUGGGACCCACCGAGGUACAACGACGACUGCCUGGUGAGGUACUUGGUGUGCUGGCGCGCGGAAGGUGAUGCGCAGGUGCAGAACUGUUCCGAGCAACCGCACACUUCCUACAACUCCUACAGCAUCGUGGGCCUCAAACCUUGCACCAACUACAGCUUUUCCGUGGCGGGAAUUGGCAGUGAGAAGGAUAUUGGGAAUGCCUCUUCCAUUGUGUGGUCCACAGGCCCGGACCAGGUGCAGUCCCUGGUGGCCGACGUGAUCAAGCCACACCAGAUGAACCUGACCUGGGGUGCCCCGGAGUGCGCGCACGGCUACAGGGUGUGCUGGGGCGCCUGGGCGGACCGGGGAGUCCACACGUGCCACGACGUCGCCGGCACGUCCCACGCUGUGGCCGGACCGAGCGACGGUGGCGCCUACACUGUCAUCGUGGAAGCCGUGGCCGAGCAGGGGCAGCUCUCCGACAUGUCGAUCGUCUCACUGAAUGGCACAGCAAUGACCACGUCGAACUUGGCCCAAGCUUCCGGCGCUGUGAACAAGACAGUGAGCGCGGUGGUAGAAGCUGCCACGAACUUGUCGCGGAGUCUUAGGCUGUGAAUACACUGAGAAGAAUCCCACGUUUCAAAAACAGCGAUCUCCCGAACUGAUCAUGAAGAUUCAAUUUUUGACAACUGUAAUAAAUGGCUUAUGCGAAAUAUUUGUCUACAAAUAAAUUUACUCUAAACUAUAA